GGAAUAACAACAAAAUAAUUAAUUAAAUUGGUCCAUGGAAGAUUUUGAGAGGGUGGUGAAGAUUUCAUCGGCGUCAUCAGAAGCUAUGUCCGUCGACAAUGGCGGCCUCGAAGCUCGUAAAACCCUAAAAUUACUUCGCGAUUUCGUUAACAUACAGCAGCGUAGGGCUCGAGCUUAUGCCCACCUCAAAAGUGGAUUUGCUGACUACAUGGCUUCAGGAUCAGAUGCAGCUUAUCAGCAACUUUGCAGUGAGAUCACUGUAGAAUUUAAUGACUGCUCAAAACAGGUACUUGAAAUGGAAUCUCUUUUUAUGAGUCCUGAGUACGGCCGGGAAGAUUUAGCUCACUUGCUCAGAUCUGUACAGAUAAAAGAAAAGCAGAAAUUGAAUCUGACAGCCACUAUUCAGGUCUUAAAGAAGGCUGGCCGUCCUUCAGAACGUCUGGUGAGCCAUGAGAACUGCAAAUUCAAGGAGCCAAUGCAGCAUGAGUGCGUCCACGUUCAUGAGAUAACUGAAGCAGCCGGAACUGAAGAGGCAGAAGCUGAUGCAGAAUAUGAUAAUUCUCUUAAGGGUGCCAUUAAUGGCGUGCAGGAUGCUGUGACUGCUAUCAACGAACACCUUGAAGAAAUCAGAUAUGAGAUUGCAGCUAUUGAAGCAGAAGAAUAAAAUUCAACCAAUGAGCGGUGAUCAGAGUAUUGUUCUGAAUGAUCUUCAAUAUUUACGCAAGUGCCUAAAUUAGAGUGUCAUUUAUCAAUCACCAUUUUAGUAGUUUGUCUAAUCCAAGGUGAUGUCCACAAAUUGAAAAUCCAAUGCCCAAAUCAAAGUAUCAAUUUUCCCCAGAAUAGAUGGUUAUGCAACUCUAUUUCGAAGUACAUAUCUUUAGUAGGUCUUGCAUCUGAAAUUAAUAAUUACUCUUUUUUAAGGUAUGUUGCAAUAUUCUCUUCAA